AGUAGUAAAAGGAACCGAACGGGUCCUUGGAAAUGGAGAAUUGUGAUUUGAGCAUAAGAAAUUACGUUUAUUAUUUUAUAAUGAAGUUGUGAGUAGUCAACCAAUUUCAACAUCUCGUUUCAUUGAUCUUUUUUCUCUAAGUCCUAACCUUAUCUUCCUUUACCUAAUGACGGAUCACUCAGAUUCUUCUCCUCUAAUCCCUCCCCCACCCCUCGCCGAGAUCGACCUCGAAGCCGCUACCACCGAACAAAUUCAAUGCCGAAUUUGUCUUGAAACUGAUGGUAGGGAUUUCAUUGCUCCUUGCAAGUGCAAAGGUACAUCAAAGUAUGUACACCGAGAGUGUUUGGAUCAUUGGCGAGCGGUUAAGGAAGGGUUUGCAUUUGCUCACUGCACUACCUGCAAGGCUCCUUACCAUUUGCGUGUUCAUGGCGCUGCUGAUAGAAAAUGGCGUACCUUGAAAUUUCGUUUUUUUGUGACCAGAGACAUUUUGUUUAUAUUUCUGGCUGUACAGCUUGUCAUUGCUUCAUUGGCUUAUUUGAUUUAUCUAAUAGAUGGUUACCAGCAGUAUUGGCUUCGCCUUGUUUGGGGUUUUGAUAGUGAACUGAGCUUUUACUAUAUUAGCGGAGCAUUGUUGUUUUUUGUGUUGCUUGGCCUGUCUGGAUGCUUUAUUACUUGUUAUGAUCGAAGAGUUCGCAAUGAUUUGGCUCAGCCUUGUAGAGAAAUAUGUCUUUGUUGCUGUCAACCAGGAGUUUGUGCAGACUGUCAUUUACCGGGUACCCUUUGUAUGUGGACUGAUUGCACUGCAUGCUUUGAGAGUUGUGGAACCAUGGCAACUGAAUGUGGUGGAUGCAUGGGAGGUGCUGGGGAAGCAGGGUUACCAUUAUUAUUCAUAAUGGCUUUGAUUUUUCUUGGACUCUUUACUGUAAUUGGGAUAUUUUACAGUGUGUUAGUUGCUACCAUGGUUGGACAACGGAUAUGGCAGCGCCAUUAUCACAUACUUGCAAAAAGGAUGCUGACAAAGGAGUAUGUCGUGGAAGACGUUGAUGGAGAGAUAACAGGGUCUGAUUGGUGUCCUCCGCCUCUCCCCUCGGAGCAUGUACAGCAGCUGAAAACACUGGGCCUCCUAUGAGUUUGAAACCGUAGGGGUAAAACUGGCACUUUGCUUGGUAGUUUGGUUCUUGUCAGGGAGAUAUGCAGUUAAUUGAUAAAAUUUGAGCUACUCAAGUGACUCAACUCAAUUAGUUUUGACUUGUAAAAUUGUGCUAGUCUAUCGACAUUUGUGGAUUUCUAUUGCGUCUACAAUUGUAAAGAAAUGGAAGAGAAUUCUUUGAAUAUAUCUAAUUACAGAUAUAUUGUAAUGUAAUAAUGUCCACGAUUUU